AUGCGAUUUGUCCAAGGGACGUUGGGCCUAGCCCUGCUCCUCGCAAGACUGGCCCAAGCUGAUACCUGCUCCACGGUUGAGGCCAUCUCCACGAUAGAAGUCGCGCAGCCCCUCGAGCUCUCUUACGUCGAUGAACAGCGCGAUUACUGGUCCACCUCCUGUGUAGCCCUGACACCCUCGUGCAUCAUCUUCCCCAAGUCCGCAGAAGAGGUAUCUCUCGUCGUGACGGUCCUCAACAAUAACACCGACGACUUCGCCAUCAAGUCUGGUGGCCACAACCCAAACAAUUACUUCUCCAGCGUCCAGGGUGGACCCAUUAUCUCGACCAAGUUCCUUGACAACGUUAUCCUAGACCAAGAGACAGGAAUAGCCCGCGUAGGCCCCGGCAACCGCCUCGACGGUAUCGCCGCCAAGCUGCAAGGCACAGGCUGGACCUUCGUCGGCGGCCGCAUCGGCAAUACAGGCGUAGGCGGUCUCGUCCUCGGCGGCGGGCUAUCCUACAUGUCCGCACAGUACGGCUGGGCUGCCUCGUCAGUCCUCGAAUACGAAAUCGUCCUCGCCAACGGCACCAUCGCCACGGCCUCGGCGACCCAAAAUGCCGACUUGUUCAAGGCACUUAAGGGCGGCGGCAACAACUUUGGCAUCGUGACCACGUACGUGCUGCAGACCCACCGCCAGGGCAACGUAUACGGCGGCAACAUGGCUUUCCUGCGGUCUAAGUCCACGGACACGAAGCUACUUAAGGCCGUGCGUGAUUUUACCGAGUACAACGAGGACGACAAGGCGGCUGUAAUUGUCACUGCAGAGCAGGGAAAUAUCGAUCUAAUCGAUUCCUGGAUCCUGUUCCUCUUCUACGACGGCGACGUGGUCCCCGAGGGGACGUUUAAGAACUUUACGGAUGUUGGGCCCAUACUGAAUACCUGCAAAGUGCGCACGUAUGCCGAUCUUAUGGCCACGAGCAAUUGGGUUAUAGUCCCGGCUUCGGUGGUGGAUAUCGGCACUGAGACGAUUUCGUUGCCGUCGGCAGAGAACGGAGACGUCUUGAAUGCGCUGCAUGCACAUUGGCGCAAUGUAUCGAGUACGGCAUUGCUUGAACCGGGCAUCGUGGCUUCGAUCGCGUGGCAGCCGUUUCCGAAGCGGAUUGCACAAGCUGCACGGGAGAGGGGUGGCGAUUUGAUAGACGUUGAUGAUGAGGCGCAUCGGAUCAUUAUCGAGAUGAAUUAUAGUUUCCUUUUGCAAACGAGCUACGACAAGAUGGCAGACACAUUGGAAGCGACGUACAGUGGUUUGCGGCAGAGGGUGCUUGAGUAUCAGGCGCAGGGGAAGUUGCCCGAUGUGUACCUUCCUGUUUUCAUGAACUAUGGAUUUUAUCGCGAGGACUACUGGGGGAGGUUGCGGCCGGAGAGUCGCAUGUUGGCGAGGAAGGUGUCGCUGGAGGUCGAUCCAGAGGGGUUCUUUCGAAAUAGGACUGGGGGCUGGAAGCCUUGA